AUGCCAAUCAGAGGUUCAAAGAAGUCAGAGAGGCGAGGCGAGGCUGAUGGGACCAUUGUCCUCAUCAGAUUCGCGGACUACAAUCAGGCAAGUCUUGCUUAUUUUCUCGCCAUUGACAUUGUUAACACGAACACAGAUUCUUAUAAAUGCUUCUUUGGUGCAGGCAAUUGCUACGCCCUAGCCAUGACGAACUCCCAUGCAAUUAUCUGGCCAUAUUCAAUUGCAACUUCCUCACCCUCGCCCGCCGAUGUGUUUACUAUUUCCAUACCCGAACCCUGCAGGGAGCCAAAUGGGCCAGUUCCUCUUGGAAUUCUACUAUCCAGUGUAACAGCUGGGCUUCCAGGAUUGAUGAUCAUCACUCCUGAUACAGGAAGGAUUAUAUACUGGGAAACUGUCUCAUGUGCUGCAUCACUGGGCCUGGCCAGGCAGAAGCAGAAGACCAUCCAGGGAUCUAUACCUAAUCUACUCUCGGGUGAACACAUUACAGAUCUCGUGAAUGGCGAGCCUUCUGGUGUCAUCGUCACAUUAUCGUCUGGGAGGGUUGCUCAUAUCACCGUUCGGGAUCCACAAGGAAAGCCAACAGUGACUGUCAAUUUCCUGCGAAAUACGUCUGGGCUUAGUAGGAUUGGGUUUUUCGGUGGUAUUAGAAACGUCUUGGGUGGAGGCUUUGCAAGGAAAGACCUAGCUGCCGUCAGAGCUGGUGAAUCUCAUCAACGUGGACAGCGAGACAUUAUCAUCGCUACGUCAGGCGGGCUCUUUGAAAUCUGGGAUACACAUUGGAAUAACGGGAUUAUAUUGAAGAGACAGUUUGAUAUAACAAAUGACCUAUGCCAUCAUCUUGGUACGGGAGAUUCUAACAGCUCUGAUGACUCCAACAUCGAGAUCUUGGACUUCUCACUCAUGCCGGCUGAAUACAGUGUUCGUGAGCUACAAGCUAGCACGUCGGUACCGUCCUGGCAUUUAUCGCUCCUUGUAACUCAGUCUGAGAUGGGCUCGCAAAGCAUGUCUCUUGUGCAAGUCAAUCUAGCCGAGGAAGUCCAUAUCUUGUCUACCCAUCCUAUUGAUUUGCAUGGGGUCUCGACGGCUCUUGAUUCAAAACCGAGAUUGUAUCUUCCCAAGCCCGGUGAUACGGCAUUCGUUUUAAUGGGUCACUCUGUUGUACUCUUAUCGUUGAGUUUAGGCAAAGACCAGUCCGCGCAACAUCAACAACCACGCGUGUUCCAGGACUCUAUCAGCUUCCGUUCAGGAAAGGCCUUUGAAAUUCUAGGCAGCGGCGCUGAGGACAAAAGGGAUGAGAACUCGUGUCCCGCAUGUCUAAUAAUGGUCCGUGAUUUUGGUAUCAUCCGCAUUACAGCUUUACCGCACCACAACUCGCCCCCCACCGCUGAAUGUGUUCGAAUCACUGCUAAACAAAAGAUCGAGCAAGCCAUAUUCUAUGGUACCAUGCUUGGAAAUCCACUGAACUUGAACAACAAGAGUAGCCUGGAUUUCUCUGUCAUGGAUAUCGAGCAAGCCGCGUUGGAAAUUUGCAGAGAAUUGCUCCAAUCUAGGUCAAAGUUUAUCCCAACGACAGCAAUAUCCUUAGAACAGAAUCUACGAUCGAGAGCGAAAGCUUUGGAUGAUCUGGCAUGCCUUUUGAUGCAGCAAAAUAAGUUAUUGGGUGAACAAAUUUGGUGGGAGUUAUUAUGGGGCGCGGAGAAACUUGCGGCUCAGAGGGCUAUGUGGAAGAUAGAAGAAGGCUCUAGGAAAUUAAAGGGCAAGGGAUCGACCUUUCUUACCCACGUUAUCAAUUCGAUGAGUGACAAAUUUAAAACACGAGUCGAGAAGCAAGACGGCGAAGUUGAUCCCGUCCGCAAUUGGUUUCUCCAUGAUACAUUCCAGAUGGAGCAUGUUGUUCCAUGGAUUUUCAAUGCCAUUAAGCCAAAGAAAGGACACUCGUCCAGACAGGGACGAAAGAUGUCAGAACAAAUACUGGAAGCAAGUGAGCUUUCUUUGGCAGUCUUGGAGACCGCAUUCAGAUUCCGUGAUGAGCACGCUAGUCGGUAUGGUAUUCGUGACGGAUAUCUCGAAGACGGCGUACUGGUCACCGGCUUUAAAGGUCUACCGGAAUUCUGGACGUCUCAAAAUUUUAGUUACGUUGAAACGGGCCAUUUGUUGGAUCUAGAACUCGAUAGUUGCAGGGCUUGGAUUCAACAAGCAACGUCUGUCACCGAAGCCCCUGAGAGCCUAACAGUGAAAAGAAUUGCGGGCAACAGUGCCAGACAACUCUGUGUCCUAGGCCAAAUGCAUUAUGAGCGAGUCCGGUGGCUUUCUGCCCAGGAGGACCCAAAACUGGUCGAUGAGGGCAUCGCUACUGAGCAGGCCCAUGUUAAACAACGCAAAUGGCGACUCUUCAAACUUGCAGGUAUUGGAAGAUUAGACGAUGCCAUUACGUUGGCGGAAAAAUUUCGAGAUAUGAGUGCAUUAGUAGAACUAAUCAUUGAACUUCAAGAUCAAACAAAGGGCGAGAUUCUCCCAAGCUCCCGAAACGAUGCGUCAGAUACUAUCAGCUGUGAAUCUGAUCAUCUCAACAAAAAAAUAUCUCUUUAUUUUGAGAAAUUCGGUGAAUCAUGGGCAAAUGCAUUCUUUUCCCGGCAGAUAUCGAUGCGUCAGUCGGGAAUACUGUUCGCCAUGAAGAAAUUCCAACCUUUUAUCACUCAGUUCUUGCGCAAGGAUGCAGCCUAUUCGCGGCUGGGUUGGAUUAAUGAUGUGAUUGGUGAAAAUGACUACAACGCCGCCGCUCAGUCGCUAGAGAAACUCGCAAUAGAGGGGGAAUCCGAUUUAUGGAGUCAUCGUGUCGAACUUUCCCUAGCGAAGCUUGCCAAACUAGCAACAUUGGAGGAGACCAACAUACCGAGCCAUUCAGGUUUCCACAACGAUAUACGGCAUCUGGAAGAUCUCUCUGAAAUAGACGCCGUCCAAGAACUCAUUUACGCCUAUAUUUCCCCGGCGUUGCAGGGUGCAAUUGAUCAAAGAGCUGAGGUUGACCUAGCCAUUGACCACUUUGGAAAAAACAUUGCUGGAGAUAGGCCUUCUCUACAUGAACUACUUAGUGAAACCCUCACCAAAGUUGUCACCAGGCAAAUCAUUGAUAUUCACCAAUUGGUCGAUAUAUUGACAUUGAUAGAUUCCGACAAAGCAUCAGAAUAUGGCCAAUCAGAAUUAUCCGGGAAAGAGUUCUACCUUGCCUUGCGUGUCAUUCGUCUUGGAAUUUAUGCUCAGCAAGAUUCACUCAACUAUAUCACUAUGCAGAAGCUAGUGUGGCGACGGUGUAUGAUAAAAGACAAUUGGGUGGCUACAGGAAGGGCGGCCGAGAGCAUGGACAAUGGAAGCGAGCCCUUUAUUUACGACACGGCCCUUUUCCGCACUAUGGGUUUAUGUCUUAGAGACAGAUACGACGAAGACGCUAGCUACGCAUCCCUAUACAUUCCAAGUUCUCCACAAGAUGUGUUUCUAAACAGAUCGGACUCUGAACUUCUCUCGACACGCUAUCGUCUGGAGCAACGGACACGAAUCAUACAUGAUCUUGAGAGGGAGAAUGAAAUCCUACAUGAAAAUGUGGAAAAAGGAAGGCUUGAUUUUUGGUUCAAGAAUCUUCUCACCUCUGCAGAAGAGUCUGCAUCCAUCCCAAUCCCUCCGACUUUUACUUCAGAAGAAUCCAACAACAACAACCAGCAAGUGAAGCGGUCCCCGCAGCCAAGGGAAGGGUCUAGUAAGGCGCGGCUAAGUUGGCUUUGA